CGCCUCGUCGUCGUUCUCCCUCGACGCGCCAUGGGGCAGAAGCGGGAACGAACGAUCGACCUCGCGUCUUUCGGCGACGGGGAUAAGGAAUGUCUCGUGAGGCUCGUGAAGGAGCUCGCGAAGGAGGGCGCGACCGGCGACAAGGGCGACUUCAAAGCGUGGCUGAAGGCGACGCAAAAGGGCGCGAAGCGCACGACGCACGAUCCGUCCAAGCACGACUGGGACGUCCUGAGCUCGUUCGUCCAGAACGUCGCGAGCGCGCGCGCGCGAUGGACGGACGUCGCGCGCCGACACCUCGGGUGGUCGCGAUGGGCGGAGCGACGCGCGGCGUGGAAGCGCUGGAACGACGACGCGCCGCCGUCCGUCAUCCCAACCACGGGCCCGUGGGCGCUCGCGGCGCGCACGAGCGCGCACGCGACGUACGACGAGACGUACGGCUCGCUGCCGUCGCACGCCGCCGGGUGGGUUCGCAGCGUGAAGCAGCGACCGCCGCGGUGGUGCGUCGAGAAGAAUCUCGCGCCGCGGCUCGUCGCGCUCGACUGCGAGAUGUGCGAGACGACGUCGGACGCGAGGGCGCUUAUCGGCGUCUCCGUCGUCGACGAGCGCGGGAAGGUGCUGCUGAAGACGCUCGUGAAACCCCCGGGCGUCGUCGUGGACUACAAGACGGACGUCACCGGGCUCUCCGCGAAGGAUUUUACGCGCGUGACGACGACGCUCGCGGACGUCCAGCGCGAGCUCGUAUCGAUCGUGACCGCGGAGACGAUUCUCGUCGGGCACGGUCUCGUGCACGAUCUCCGCGCGCUGAAGUUUCAUCACGCGCCGGUGAUCGACACCGCGAUGCUGUUCGAGUACGAAAACCUGCCGCGAAGCACGCCGGGGCUCGCGGAUCUCUGCAAGCGGCUGCUCGGCGUGGAGAUGCGCAAGGGCGGCGACGGCGCGCACGACAGCGUCGAGGACGCGAAAGCGGCGAUGGAGCUGUGUAAGUGGGAGGCGGUCAACGGACCGAGCGCGCCGUUGACGCCGCCGGAGGAUAAGGUUGACCCGCGGGACCUUUUAAAGUUGUUCGCGCACAGGGUCAAGCGAGGAACGUUGAAGUCGGAUUUGAUAGGGAUGUUCGCGAAGAAUAACGGCACGACCGGCGUGGACCACGCGGACGACAUCGAGGCCGUGCACGGGAAGUUCCUCGGCCCGGAGACGUCCAGAGAGCUCGCCCCCGGCGCGCCGAAGACGACGACGGCGUACAUAGAGUUCAAGACGAUCGAGGCGUGUAACAUGGCGUUCAAGGCGCUGAGGGGAGCGACAGGCACGGACGCGCUCGGUCGACCGCAAAAGGCGGUGAAGAUGGUCGUCCACGACCACGACCACGACGACGACGACGACGACGCGAGCGGCGGCGAUGGGAAGAAGCGGACGAAGAACAAGACGCGGUCCACGGAGGAGCUGCACAAGGGCGCGGCGGCCGGAGUGAGCAAGAUGAAGGUGACCGCGCUCAAGGAGGAGCUCAAACGACGCGGGCUCGCGACUACCGGAUUGAAAGCGGCGCUCAUCGCGCGUCUGACGGACGCCAUCGAGGCUGGCGGCGACGACGACGGCGGCUCUUCGGACGGCGGCUCUUCGGACGGCGGCGGCGAGGAGGAGAAGAAGAGAGCGCCGCCGAGGACGGAGACGGUGAUGGUGCGAAAGAUGGCGGCGCACGGCGGGUCGUCGUUCGGGACGAAGGAUAAGAGCGCGAGCGCCGCCGCGAGGCCGGCGGCGGCGGAGGGCCGUCCGAAGCAGCCACGGCGGGUGCCGCGACCGUCGAAGCGGAAGCGCAUGGAGAUGAAAGGCUUGAUCCCGGCGCGAGGGUGA